AUUUGAUGUUCAUGUUUCUUGAUCUCUACCCAGUUUAACAAAACCAAAAGUUUACUAUAGAUGGCGAGGUCAUCAACGGGCUCGGAAUAUUCCUCGUCGGAGAAUGGGGAAGAGGAUCCUGAGUUGCUGUUAUUCGAGAUUCGCGACGAAGAUGUAGUGGAUAUUGCCGCGGAUUUGGUGCAGGAGACGGAUGUUUUGAAGUUAAAUGAUGAAGGUGUAACGGGCGGAGCACAGUUGGUGAGAGCUGAGGAGAAUGGGCCGAGUACGAAUCUGGGCUUGACGUUAGGCUCCAACUCUGGGUUGAGUACCGGGUGUGGGCCGAAUCCGAGUGGGUCAAAAGUGCAGGAAUCAGGAGGACGGGGGUCAAAAAUAGAGUCGGGUAAAGCAGGGGAACAGCAAGGCACAUCUGGUGGGGAACUACAAACCACUUUUCAUUUGGGGAUUGGGGAUUCGAGAGAGAAGAAAACAAAAAGUCUCAAGGAUUGCUACCCACAAGUGCAGGCAACCAAGAGUGCUGCGGAAUCUCAGUGGAUUACAGGCCGAACCAUGGUGAGAUCACUCAGAACCCAUAAAGGGCAGCAGGUGGAGGCGACGCAGGAGGUAAGGAGGAUAUUUAGUGUAGGAAAAAGAUUGGUUAUUCAGUGGCAAGAUAAUGAGGGAGAGGUUCAGUCGAGGCUACUAGAGUUGGAGGAGUGGGAUGCCAGGCAGGGGAGGGAGGAGUUCGGUGAAGAAGAAGGAGGAGAAUGGGGUCCUAACAAGUUGAAGUGUAAUUUUGUGAAUGUCUAUGCGUCAAAUGAUAAGCAGAAGAAAGUGAAACUAUGGGAAGAACUCCGGCAAAUGAUAAUGGAAGAGGAAGGUAGAUGGAUGAUUGUAGGAGAUUUCAACGCAGUUCGGAGUAUAAAUGAGAGGAAGGGUAAGACAGGGGAGUCUCAGGAUAUGAGGGAGUUUGAUGAGUUUGUAGUGUCAACUGGGUUGGUAGAUAUUAAAUUGGCAAAUAGACGCUUUACAUGGUACAGGCCAGAUGGGUCAUCUAUGAGUCGGCUGGAUAGGGUCCUAAUGUCUGGUGAGAUGUAUAGUCUGGGAAAGGGUUGGAUGCAGAAAGGAUUGAAGAGGACUGUGUCUAAUCACUGUCCAAUUGUGAUAAAAACGACGGUAGCUGAUUGGGGUCCAAAACCGUUCCGAGUGCUUGAUGCUUGGCUACAGCACCCACAAUUCAAGAAGGUGGUUGAGGAUAAAUGGAAGGAGUUACAUGAGGAAGGGUAUGCGGGUUAUAGAUGUCAACAGAAGCUUAAGAGGUUGAAAGAAUUCCUAAAAGGAUGGAAUAAAGAGGUGUUCGGAAACAUGGAAGUUCAAUUCCAUAGUGUGGCCAAUAGAGUAGAACAGUUUGAUUUGAAGAAUGAAUUGAUAGAGUUGGAGGAAGAUGAGGUGAUUGAGAGAAAGGAAGGUUUCCAGCACUUAUGGGAUAUUCUAUGGAAAAGGGAGGCUAUCUGGAAGCAAAAGUCUAGAUGUGAUUGGGUUAGAUUGGGGGAUCAGAAUACGAGAUAUUUUCACAAAAUUGCAAAUGGGAGGAAGGCCCAAAAUAGUAUCUCGGGAUUAUGGUCUAAUGGUCAGUGGGUAGAGGAUCCUGAUAUGGUCAAGGAUGAGAUGGUUAAGUACUUUAGCAAGAUGUUUCGGGAAGACUCCUGGAACCAACCCAAACCUUCAAAUCUUGUUUUUCGGAGAAUUUCUAGUGAUCAAAAGGUGUGGCUUGAAAGGCAUUUUACUGUUGAGGAGAUUGAAGAAGGCUUGAAGAGCUGUGAUGGGAGUAAAGCUCCGGGGCCUGACGAGUAUAAUUUUAACUUUCUUAAAUUCAUUUGGGGCAGUGUUAAGGAUGACUUUGUUGAUUUUUUUCGGGAUUUUCAUCAGAACAGUAGGUUAGUGAAGGGGUUGAAUUCUUCUUUUAUAGCAUUAGUACAGAAGAAGUUGAGCCCUAGGGAUCUCAAAGACUUUAGGCCUAUUAGUCUAAUUGGUUGUAUGUAUAAGUUGCUAGCAAAAGUGUUAGCUAAUAGGCUUAAGGAUGUGAUGCCAGAGAUUAUUAGCGAAACGCAAUCGGCUUUUGUAGGAGGAAGGCAAUUGGUUGAUAAUGUGUUGGUUCUUAAUGAAGUUGUAGAUGAGGUACGCAAGAGGAAGCAAUCGGCUUUUGUUUUUAAGGCUGACUUUCAAAAAGCUUAUGAUUGUGUUAACUGGUCGUUUCUGGAUUGGAUGUUGGAUGCGUUGGGCUUUGGAGAAAAAUGGAGGGGGUGGAUUAGGGAGUGUGUUUCAACGGCCAAGGUUUCGGUGUUGGUAAAUGGCAGUCCGACAAAGGAGUUUGAGUUGGGGAAAGGACUCAGGCAAGGGGAUCCUUUGUCUCCUCUUCUAUUCCUAAUGGUUGGUGAGGCAUUGCAUGGUCUGGUUAAAAAAGCAGAAAAUGAAGGUCUGCUACAGGGGGUCACGGUGGGUAGGCGAAGGCUGGUGGUUUCUUUGUUACAAUUUGCAGAUGACACAGUUAUUUUGGGAAAGGCUAACAAAGAAAAUAUUCUCAUGGUAAAAGCAAUCCUAAGGUGGUUUGAAUUGAUGUCGGGGUUGAGAAUAAAUUUCAGCAAGAGUAGUGUAUAUGGUUUUAAUAUGUCGGACAGUUGGGUGAGAGGAGCAGCAGGAGUUUUGCAUUGUGGUGUAGGGAAGAUGCCUUUUAUCUACUUAGGAAUGCCAAUCGGAGGUAAUUCAAGGUGUUCAAAGUUUUGGGCUCCGGUGGUUAGUAAGUUCCGUGAGAAGCUUGCCGUCUGGAAGUCUGCCAUGCUGUCAUUCGGGGGUCGUCUCACGCUGCUAAACUCGGUACUCUCUGCUCUUCUUACGUUUUUUAUGUCUUUAUUUUAUAUGCCGAAUUCUGUGCUUGCUCAAUUAGUUAAUAUUGAGAGGGAUUUUUUGUGGGGGGGUUCAAGGGAGAAAAGGAAGAUCUCGUGGGUAAAAUGGGAGGUUAUUUGUUGGAGUAAGGAGAAAGGAGGACUAGGGGUUCCGGAUUUACGUCGGAGAAAUUGGGCACUGUUAGGGAAAUGGUGGUAUAGGCUAGGAGAUGGAAGGGAGGGUUUGUGGAAAAGGGUAGUGAAGGAGAAAUUUUACGAGGGUAAGCAGGAGGUGGGUAUUACAGAUGUGGAGAAUUUAAGGGUGUCGCAGAUUUGGGGAGACAUUAUUAGAAUAGGAGGGCAUUCAGAGAAGUUAAAGUAUAUGUUAAGGCAUGGGUUUCGAUGGGAGGUUGGGGAGGGUAGUUGGGUGAGUUUUUGGAGCGAUAUUUGGGUGGGAAAUAAAUCUCUUCGGGAUUUAUUUCCAAGGUUGUUUCAGUUAGCCAUUAAUAAAGAUGGUACGAUAAAGGAGAAUGGGAAAUGGGAAGGGGACAGAUGGAUAUGGGGUAUAGAGUGGAGGACAGUAAGGAUGGGUCGGGAAAAGGAUGAGGAGAAAGGUAUGUGGGAGAUGUUGGCGAGUGUUCAAUUAAGGAAAGGUUUGGUAGAUUCAUGGCAGUGGCGGUAUGAUGCAGAAGGCAGCUAUGUAGUAAAGACGGCAUAUGAUUUUUUGGCUCCAGAGGAAUGUUUUCUUGAGGGUCAAUUGAGCAAAUUUAUAUGGUGUAAAUGGGUGCCUUUGAAAGUGGGGUUUUUUGGGUGGCGGUUGUGUCUAGAUAGACUUCCUACAAGAUGGAAUUUGCGGAAGCGAGGGGUGGUUUUACAAGGGGAUGGUAUGGUGUGUGCGCUUUGUAAAGAGGGUGAGGAAGAUGUUAACCAUCUGUUUUGCACUUGUAGAGAGGCUUGGUUAGCUUGGGUCAAAGUGAUUCAGUGGUGGGGUUUGGAGGUAGUAAUGCCGGCUACAGUGAGGGGUGUGGUGGACUUUUUUCUAUGGUGCUUGGGUAGUUUGGCGGGUAAGGUGAUGGGAGCAUGUAUUUUCUUGGUCACUUCUUGGUAUUUAUGGUAUUGGAGGAAUGUAUUGGUAUUUAGGAGUAAUGAGGAUUUUAGAGACCAAUUGCUGGAGUUCAUUCAAGUGAAAUCAUAUUUCUGGAUUAGAAAUAAGGUAAAUGGGAGUGUUUUCUCAUUAGCUCAGUGGCAGAGUAAUCCUAGAGAAUGUGCAAUGGAACUGAAACGCUACAAGAGAAGCCUCAAAGAGUAUAAUAAGCACCAGCAGCGUCAUCCUUCCACAUAGCUUUCUUGGCUGCAUGAAUUUCUUAAAUGAGUAAUUGGGAUGGUUGUUGGUCUUUUGUAUUAUGGGGUGUCAUUAUGCUAUGUAUAGGAUUUCUGUUAUGAUUUUAUGCUGUUGGGAGGGGAAGAAUUUACACUUUUUGUAGAAGGGCAGGAGUACCCCUUGUGCUCCGGUUAAAUAAUAAUUUUGUUUUGCU